AUGGGAGAUCAACCGGUGACGAAAACAGAGUUUGAUGGUGCCAUAGCGGGUUUAACCGGGGCCAUCACCGCUCUGACAACACAGAUGACGACGUUAUCCAACAACGUUAACAACAACAGAAUCAAUCCGAAUAGGGGAGGAGAACGAAUUCCGGUUAUUAGGGUUCGUAAUAACAACCAAACUAUUGUUACCUACAUAAAAUCAGAACAUACGCGUGGUGAAUCUGAUUUGGAAUACUAUGAGCGUAGAUACUACAAAAGGUUGAAGGAUGAUUACUACACGUUUAAAAUCUCUGAUUCGACAUAUCGUUGUCCGUUUUGUUGCAACAAAGAUUACUCCUUGUCCGACCUUUUGAGACAUGCUUACAGAAUGUCAGGUAACUUGCGUAAGACGAUUAAAGAUAUUGCUAAACAUUCUGUUUUGAUAACGUAUAUUAAUUGGUAUGUUAAGGUUAAAUUCGAUGAAGCAUGGAGCCUCAUCAAUAAUUCCAACAACAACAAUCAUGCCAACAAUUUUCAACUACGUCACAUAGCUAAUGAAACCCUAGAUGAUAACCAACCAUCUCAUCCCGAGAAACUUGACGAUUCUGCUGAUAAAUCCAAACCGAAAGAAACUGAAGUAGUUGUUGAACCAGAUGUUUCAGUUGAAGGUGAAGAAUCCAAAGAUGAAAAUAAAGAGGCCGAUGAAGUCGAGCAAGUUCACGAUGUUAUUAGAGAUUCCCAACACGAUGAAGUCUAUACAUCAAUAUUAGUUAGAGAGGGAAUACAACAAUAUUAA